CCAUAGAAAAUCUGCUUCGGUUUUCUAUGGCUGCCGUUAUUUAGGCCUAAGAUACUUGAAAGAACCCGCGGGAGACGGCUCCAACUUCCAACUACCAAACACUCUCUCUCUCUCUCUCUCUCUCUCUCUCUGUAGAAACAUGGCAGCUAUUCUCUCCUUUGCUUCCAUCACUCCCCAUCUCAAUUCCCACCACCACACACUCAUUUUCAAACCAAAUUACUGUCCCAAAAAGUACAGAUUGCGAUGCAAUGGAGAGAACCCAGGAAGCAAUUCUUCGAGUAGUCGAGAAUCCGAACCCGAGAAUGCGCUGCUCAAGAUAGCUUGGUAUGGCUCUGAGCUCCUGGGAAUUGCUGCUUCGUUCUUCCGUUCCCCGUCAAAUGUUGAAGCUCCUGAAAGAGUUCUUGAGCUUGCUGGAGAUGGGUCAGCAGUGAUUGAGCGUGCCAUAGUUGUGGAGACCAUCAAAGAUGACUUUGAAAGAUCAUAUUUCGUCACAGGGAACCUUACACUUGAUGCUUAUGAAGAGGAUUGUGAAUUUGCCGAUCCAGCUGGUUCCUUUAAAGGGCUUCGCCGUUUCAAAAGGAAUUGUACAAAUUUUGGGUACCUUAUAGAAAAGUCAAGUAAGCAGCUGAUGAAGUGGGAAGACUUUGAGGAUAAGGGAGUUGGGCAUUGGCGAUUUAGCUGUAUCAUGUCAUUUCCUUGGAAGCCCAUUCUUUCUGCAACUGGGUAUACAGAGUAUUAUUUUGACACACAAUCAGGAAAAGUAAGCAGACAUGUGGAGCACUGGAAUGUUCCCAAAAUGGCUUUACUGAAGCAAAUUCUGAGGCCUAGCAGGGGGUUAUGGAGCAAGAGAGUAGGUGCUUAAGGUAUACAUUGAUGAAGCUUGUAGCUGAGUAGGUUUUGAAAAGAUAUACAUUCCCAAAUAAUACUCAAAUAAUUAUAUGUUGAUAGAAAAAGGUCGAGAUGGUGACACUUCUCUCAAGACUGAUGAUUCAGUUGCUGUGAUCUGCUUAUGAUCAGCAUUGGAGAUUUUCUCUUGGAAGCAUUAGUUCAACUAGAGUUUAUAGGAAAGAAAGAGAUUUUACUUAUUUGUGAAUUAAUAUCGUGUUUAGAAAGAAAUUUCUGCUUUUGGCAUUUUUCCCAAACAUUUGAUCUUGCUACUGGUUUGUCACUUGU